AAACGAUUAAAAAAAAUUAAGCAAACAGUCAGAUUUUUUUCCCGCUAUGUUGUUAACUCUCUCUCCUAAAACCCUAUCUUCUUCCUUCACUGUGCACAAAUCGCAAAACCCUAGAUGUAAAUCCCCAAAUUCAUGUCGAUUCCAGAGUUCUAAAUGUAGAUUCAAUCCAAUUUUAGUGAAAUCGGAGGUUCAGAUUGAGAGGAAUCUCGAAUUCGAAACUGGAGAGACAUUUUUCCGCCAUGAAAGCGCUAGAGGACGAGACCUCGGUGUUUUGUCAGCGACGCUGUACAAGAGAUCUAAUGGAAGCUUACGGGUACUUGACGCAAUGUGCGGAUGUGGAAUUAGGUCGCUUCGUUAUCUUGUGGAAGCUGAAGCUGAUUUCGUGAUGGCGAAUGACGCGAACGAUGCUAAUCGGAGAGUGAUUACAAAUAAUCUGAGUAAAGUAGAGAGAGGUGUUGGUGAUGAGAGGAGAUGGGUUGUGACGCAUAUGUUGGCUAAUAAAGCGAUGAUUGAGCGAUAUAUGGUUGCGGAUUUCUUCGAUAUGAUUGACAUUGAUUCGUUUGGGAGCGAUUCGUCGUUUUUGAGAGAUGCGUUUAAUGCAUUGAGAUUGGGUGGUUUGCUUUACUUGACGUCAACUGAUGGUUACUCUUCUGGUGGUCACAGACCUUAUAAUUCUUUAGCAGCCUAUGGAGCAUUUAUUCGGCCUAUGCCGUUUGGGAAUGAGAUUGGGCUGCGGAUGCUAAUAGGCGGAGCGGUAAGAGAGGCCGCUCUGCUUGGUUAUCAUGUUACGCCUCUUUUCUCGUACUAUUCUUAUCACGGACCUGUGUUUAGAGUCAUGCUGAGGGUUCACCGUGGGAAGCUACAUGAGGACAGGAACUAUGGUUUUGUCACGCACUGUAAUCUAUGUGGCCAUUCUCAAACAUUGAGAUGGGAUGAACUUGGUUUGAUGGGAUGUCCCUGCAGUGAUACAAAGGCUUCUUCUUCACUUGUUGUGUCAGGACCAAUGUGGCUUGGACCACUUCAUGAUGCAUCGUAUGUUACGGAAAUGCUGGAAUUGGCAAAAGAAUGGGGAUGGGUCAGUGAAGGCACUGGCAUGGAUCUAGAGAAGCUUCUUAGCAUAAUGAUCGAAGAGAGUGAUCCAAGACUACCACCUGGAUACACCAAAAUGGAUGAGAUGGCGAGCCGUGCAAAGAUGAACUCACCUCCGUUGAAGAAGAUGAUGAGUGCACUAGUUAAGGAGGGAUACGCUGCUAGCAGAUCUCACAUUAUCCCCAAUGCUCUCAAAACAGAUUGUCCCAUGUCACAUUUUGUAAGGAUUGCCAAAGAUAAUUUGCAUAAUUGACUCAUUGAUAUAUCAUAUAAAUCAACUUGAUGAUAUCAU